AUGGCAGAAAAUGAGAGGAGGGACGAUUACGGACUUGAAGCGUCAGCUCUACCAGCGGAACUAAAAGGUGCUUAUGAUACUGGGAUUUAUUUGGGAAGAGGAGGAUAUGCUACAGUUUUCCAGGUGACAAACAAAUCAACCAAAUCAGAAUAUGCAAUGAAAGUCGUACACAAGAACAAGGUCCAAAACAAGAAACGUUUGGAAGUUGAACUAGAGGUGCUUCGACGCGCUCAACAUCCCAGGAUUGUGUGUCUUCAACAGGCAUUUAUAACAGACGAUCACAUAUACCUUAUUAUCGAUCUGUGUGAAGGUGGAUGUCUAUUCGACAGGAUAAUGGAUGUUGAUCUUACUGAACCUGAAUGUUCGAAAAUUACACAUCAGUUGCUUGACGCUUUAGCGUACCUUCAUUCUAUUGGGAUUGUACAUCGUGAUGUCAAGUUGGAAAACGUAUUAAUGACAUCCAAAACAUUAAACACGGAUGUAAAGCUAGCUGAUUUCGGAGUCGUCAGAAUACGGACAGUACUAUCUGAGCCUGUGUCUCUCGACGAAUCGGAAUCAGAAUCAGAGGAAUCAUUAUCACCUAACCGAAGACUAAUUCGUGGGAGGAGACGAGCGCCCAGUAUAGUGUCGUAUGUUGGAUCUGUGUGUUAUAUGGCUCCUGAUAUUUUCCUGGGUGUUUCGUAUGACGAGGCUGUUGAUAUGUGGGCAGUCGGUGUCCUAGUAUUCAUGAUGCUAUCCCUGACAAGCCCGUUCGGCAAUGACGAAGCAGAUCCACGUGUGGAACCAGAUCAGAUUGCAAGGAUUGUUAAAGCUGAUUAUAACUUUGAUGAUUCGAUAUGGGAAACAAAAUCAAUAUGCUCCCAAAACUUCAUCUCAAAACUCUUAAAAUUCAACGCCCUUGACCGCAUGUCUGCCAACGAAGCACUGCAACAUCCUUGGAUUAAGAUACCCUCCAUAUCCAUACCGUUACAACGAGAUUCAGUUACAGACUCUGUGACAUCCAGCAAAUCAUACCGUCCUUCACGCGGCGAACACUCACCACUCCCACCUGCUCGUUCAUCUCUCAUCAUCACAUCACCAACAUUCUUGAACCCGUCAUCGUUAGCCCCAUCACCUGUAAUUUCUCCUUCUGUGUUUGCUGAAUCGCCGUUACUAGAGAGUGCAAUAAGUAAGAGGAAGAGGGCACUGUCUGUUGCACGGCAGACGUCGGUGUUUAGGGCGUUGUCUGUGAGGGAUUCGAGGAGGGAGUCUCAAACGUAA